GGUAAUUGAUGAGAAUGACCCUGAUUUAAAGGAUAAUCAAGUUUCUAAUAAAUCUUUAACGGAGGAAGAACAAAAAAAAUUGAAUGAUUUUCUAAAAAAGCACGAAUUAUUGGGAGAAGACAUUAAAACUUCCGUUAAUAAAAAGAUUUCAGUGGGUAAUUAUCAACCUACUUAUCGAUGCUUAAUUUGUAAAUCUAGUUUAGUUUAUAAUCCUCAAACUCAAAAAUAUUGGUGUGCUAUUUGUAAAAAAGAAACUACUUAUGAAAAGAAAUAG